AUGCUCGUCAAGGUCAAGCUUCUUACCGGGCGUGAGCUCGAGAUUGACAUCGAGCCCUAUGAGACCCUGACGUCCAGCCACAACGGCCCCCACCAAGGGCAGAUCCUCUCCAUCAAGGAGCGCAUCGAGGAGCGCGAGGGCGUGCCCCCUUCUCAGCAGCGCGAGGAGUCCCUGACCGCCUCCAGCUGCAAGAUCGAGGGUGGCACUGUCUUGCAUUUGGUGCUCACCCUUCGCGGUGGCCUUUGA